UUUUGGAUUAUAGACAUAUCUGACCACGUCCACGUAGCUCUUAAACGUGGUAAUCACUCGGCUAUACAAGCCAUGUACGCGCUCCUCGUCGGAAGAGGUUCGGAGGUGGAAGCGGGGAUGUCGCAUAUAAAUUAUGACAGGCCGAUCCCUCCAUCGCUGAUUCACUCGCAGCUUGAGCUUGAAUUUGGGGUCACAAUCGACACCACACCGCUUUCCGUAUCAGAUCUGCACCGCCUCUGCACGGACGCCACCUCUGAAGAGCUCGCAUAUAUAGACCGCGCACUUGAUAAGUCCAUUGACAGGCCGGCGAAGGAGAGGCUGGAAUUAAAGGAGUUUCUCAAGAGCAACAGUCCAACUCCGUACCUUAUAAGCUGUUGAAUAACGUUCGCUAUGUGCGUAUGGGUACCAGGUAGUAAUGACGAAUUGUAUAUCGCCGUAGCUCAACAUCCAACCGCUCGCUGUUUGGUCGCUAUGCGUGUUUGAGACUCUCGCCGCAGAAUUUGGCGUCCUUUGUAACGCGAAAAAGGCCGAGCGGACAUGGCCCUGC